CUGACAAAGCGUGACUUUUUCGCUGUGGCUCUUUCAACGAGUCUCUUUUUCCACCUUUUACAUCCUUCUCAUAGAGCUCUCUCCAGAAUGACUGAAACUAAUAUCCCUACUUUCAAGCUUGUUCUUGUUGGCGAUGGUGGAACGGGAAAAACUACUUUUGUCAAGCGUCAUUUGACUGGAGAAUUCGAGAAGAAAUACAUCGCCACACUGGGUGUCGAGGUUCACCCACUAUCUUUCACUACCAACUAUGGUACGAUCUGCUUUAACGUCUGGGAUACCGCCGGACAGGAAAAGUUUGGUGGUUUGCGGGACGGAUACUACAUCCAAGGCCAAUGUGGUAUCAUCAUGUUCGACGUCACGUCCAGAAUCACAUAUAAGAAUGUUCCCAACUGGCACCGUGACCUCGAGCGCGUGUGUGAAAACAUUCCCAUUGUCCUCUGUGGUAACAAAGUAGACGUCAAAGAGCGAAAAGUCAAGACUGGAGCUGUCACCUUCCACAGGAAGAAGAACCUCCAGUACUUUGAGAUUUCCGCAAAAUCGAAUUACAACUUUGAGAAGCCUUUCCUUUGGUUAGCGAGGAAGUUGGUCGGUAACACUUCUCUUGAGUUUGUUGCCGCCCCUGCUUUAGCUCCUGCUGAAGUUACUGUUGAUGCUGCUUUGAUGGACCAGUACCAGCGAGAGUUGCAACAGGCUGAGGCUGUUCCUCUUCCUGAAGAGGAUGAUGACCUUUAGUCGUUUUUGAUAUUUUACAUGACACAUGUUUCAAUAAUUUUCUGUCUGUCCACCUUCCUUUCUACAGAGUACUUGUGUUAUAUUUCCAUCCAUCCU